AUGCGGUCCUCCUCCGUCCACCACCCCGCGACGAAGCGGCAUCGCCUCGAGAGGGGUCAGGCGGACGGCACGCCCUUCCCGACCGAUGCCGUGGCGGCCGCGCACGUGGACGAGGACCCGGUCCACCACGCCCCCGCUGCCGAUCGACUGAUCAUCCUCAAUGUAGGCGGGACCAUCGUGACCACCCUGGACUCCACCCUCCGCGGGUGCUCCUCAAACUUCACGGGAUGGCUCGAGAACGACUUCCGCGACUUUCCGCGGGAUCAACACGGCCGGCCCUUUCUCGACCGCGACGCCAACAAUCUUCGCCAUAUCCUCAACUACAUGCGCGGCUACGGCCUGCCUGCCAAGGCCGACGACGUCGUGAUGUUGGCCGAGGACGCCGUCUUCUUCGACAUACCGGCCCUCAAGGAAGAGAUCGGACUGAACAGCACGCCAUCCUGGCAUUUCUCCCCCGGCCCCGGCGUCGACGACGACGGCACGCACUUCUCCACGGCGGAUAUUCUGGGGCUGUGCGGGAUGCGCCCUUUGACCCUCCGCCAUACCCACACCCUGGGCUUUCGCGUCGACAAAUGCGAGCUUAUCUCGAUCGGCCUCAUCGCGAUGACGAACGUGCGGAUGGAUCAGCAGAUCUUUCGCCAACGCCAGUCCGUCUCCUACUCCAGUACGGGGGAGAUGGUGAGUUUUUGGGGGGAUGAGCCGCUCUACGACUCGGGAACGCCGUUUAAGGCCGCCGAUCUGAUUACCGUUCAGGCCCAACUUUUGCAUCCCCCACGCCCGAAUGACGCGUUGCCUUUGCUUGUUAAUAAACGCCCCGGCCGGACGCCUUUUAUCGACAUCCCGAGCAGCUCUUUAAGCACCACGACGGUGAUCGAUCGGGUCUCGCCGAGUCGGGGACCUAUUCAUCCCGAGGACGACAACGUUUUUCUGCCCGAAAAUCGACUCCACCUCGGGCGAACUGAGGCCUCCUCGAUGGAGAGCGUCGAGGCCUACACGACGCAUGCCGGGCAAAGCACCCCGACAGAUCUAUCGCAAUGUCUAAGCAAUACACUCAUAGGCGCGAUUAUAACCUUCAAAGUACGCAAUAAUGAUACAUUUGAGGUGCGCUGGCCGGCUCCGGUACCCCCACUUCAGUUCGCCGUCAGCAUGCAAGGGAAUUCAUCGGUUUCGAUUGUCAGCUCGAAAACGCAUUCGAAUAACGCGAAUGAAAUGGCCGAAUGUGAGAGUAUCCGGCCCUCCUCACGUUUAGGGCCUGAAACUCAUGCGGUACUGGGUGAGGGAACUGCGUAG